UACCACUGCCCAGAAAACCAAACAUCAGUUAUGGGGAAAAAUUUAAAUUAAUUUGUGGAAGUUUUGCAUCAAAACUGUGGAUCUUUCUUGUUUUCUUCAUCUGCCAUUUAGUACUAAAAUAUCCUUGCUCUGGAGGAGGCAGAGAUUGUUAAGAAUGGAUUGAGAAGGCCUUGGUUCAUAGGCAGUUAACAGUAAUAAGAUUGUCUUGGUGUGCUGCACAGACACUCUGUGCCGUGCUGCUCUUGGGGUGGCUGCUGUUGGCAGAGCUGCUCUGUGGGUGAGGCGUGGACCAGCUGUGCCAUGGGUGCUGGGUGAUGCUCCCAUGCCAGGCGUGCUCUGCACAGGCAGGGUCUUUGUGUUCGUCUAGGCCAGAGGGAGAAAUCUGAUCACUGACAGCCUUGGAAAAAUCUGAGUGAAAUUACAAAUUCCAAAAAGAGAUAUCUUUACAAAUAGGUUUCUACAACUAAACCCUCUUAAGAGAGCAGUUGAUAUUUCACGAGUCACAACAGGCUGAGAAACUAUGUUCUGUGGUUUCCAGCAGCUGAACUCCUCUGGAAAAUGAAUCAAUUGCUUUCCCAGGUGUCUGGUUUUCCUGUUGAUGGGAUAGUGAACUGACAACCUCAGCGUUAUGGGAAGGAAGGAGCCUGGCUGACUCCCGGCGCCAGCCAGUGUUGCAGCCUGUGGGGUUUUUUACAUUAAAUUCGGAACGAUGAAUCGAGAAAGAGGGUACAGUUAACUGGAACAGCACGUUUUGUUUUGUAAAGCGCAUAUUCACAAACACGGACAUGGUUCUGCGUCCGGGCAGUGUCUGUGGGUCUCAGCUGGCAGCUGUUGCAGCGCUCGGGGGCCGCGGGGUCCCAAGGCCGCUGCGUUGGGUUUCACGUGAGCUCGGGAAUGGAGGCGCCCGGCCCGGCGAGGCCUCCCCGCCGCGAGGGGGCGGUUGGGGCCGGGCCGGGCCGCGCACGGAGAGCGGGCGGCGGGCGGCGGGAGCCAUGCACGGAGAGCGGGCGCUGCUGCCCCGCCGGGACAAGAUUGAGCGACUAGAAGUCAGCAGCUUGGCGCAGACCUCUAGUGCCGUGGCCUCCAGCACUGAUGGCAGCAUCAACGCAGACUCUGUUGAUGGGACCCCAGAUCCGCAGCGGACAAAAGUGGCCAUCACACACCUGCAGCAGAAGAUACUGAAGCUGACAGAACAGAUCAAAAUUGAGCAAACAGCUCGUGAUGACAACGUGGCAGAGUACCUGAAAUUGGCCAACAAUGCAGACAAGCAGCAGAGUGCCCGCAUUAAGCAAGUGUUUGAGAAGAAAAAUCAAAAGUCAGCUCAGACCAUCUUGCAGCUGCAGAAGAAACUGGAACAUUACCAUCGAAAGCUUCGAGAGAUUGAACAGAAUGGGAUCCCUCGGCAGCCAAAGGAUGUCUUCAGGGAUAUGCAUCAGGGUUUGAAAGACGUUGGAGCAAAAGUCACAGGCUUCAGUGAGGGAGUGGUAGACAGUGUAAAAGGUGGGCUUUCCAGCUUCUCCCAGGCCACACAUUCAGCAGCAGGAGCUGUGGUUUCCAAACCCCGGGAGAUUGCCUCCCUCAUAAGGAACAAGUUUGGGAGUGCAGACAACAUUGCUAAUCUGAAAGACUCAUUAGAAGAAGGCCAGGAAGAUGGGACAGGAGGCAAGGCUCUAGGUGUUAUUCAGAACUUCCAGUCAAGCCCAAAAUAUGGCAGUGAAGAGGACUGCUCCAGUGCCACAUCAGGCUCGGUGGGAGCCAACAGCACAACAGGGGGCCCUGUGGGAGCUUCCAGCUCCAAAACAAACACUCUGGAUAUGCAGAGCUCAGGGUUUGAUGCAAUACUGCACGAGAUUCAAGAAAUUCGAGAGACACAGGCAAGACUGGAAGAAUCAUUUGAGGACCUUAAGGUUCGCUACCAGAGGGAUUACACGUUGAUCAUGCAGACCCUGCAGGAGGAGCGCUACAGAUGUGAAAGACUUGAAGAGCAGUUAAAUGACCUGACUGAGCUCCACCAGAAUGAGAUCCUCAAUUUAAAACAGGAGCUGGCCAGCAUGGAGGAAAAGAUUGCCUAUCAGUCUUACGAGCGAGCCCGGGACAUCCAGGAGGCACUGGAAGCAUGCCAGACGCGCAUCUCCAAGAUGGAGCUGCAGCAGCAGCAGCAGCAAGUGGUGCAGUUGGAGGGGCUGGAGAAUGCCACGGCCAGAAACCUACUGGGGAAGUUCAUCAACAUCUUGCUGGCUGUCAUGGCUGUCCUCCUUGUCUUUGUCUCCACUGUGGCCAACUGCGUCGUGCCCCUGAUGAAGACUCGCAACAGGACGUUCAGCACUUUAUUGAUAGUGGUUUUCAUUGCCUUUUUGUGGAAGCACUGGGAUGCCAUCACCGGCUACUUGGAACGAUUCUUGUCUCCCCCCAGAUGAUGGUGGCAGGAAUGGGCUGCGCUGCUCUCUCCUGGCGCUCUUGGUGAGCAGGUGUGGCAAAGAUUAGUCAGCAACUACUACGCUGAAGUUUUAAAGUGUCCGAGUGAAUUUGUUUACAUUUAGAAUAACGUUUUUUCUCUGCAAGAUGCAUUGCAAUAGUAUUUUUUAGAUUUUAUUCAAGAACUCUUUUGGCGAGAAUCCUGGAUAAUUUUUAUGUAGCAUGGUUCUCUUUGGAUGCAAAUCUUAAGAUUCUUUAAAGUGUACAAAAGAAAUUAAUAAAAUACAGAAAUUUGGAGCAUA